AUGGCAGUGAACUCGAUAUCCAUUGUUCCGAGAUCAGGACCGGCGUUGGCUCCAUCGCCUCCCGCCCCUCUUCAUUUACAGGGCAGAACACUGAUUCUGAAACCGCAACAACAGCAACAGCAACAGCAGCAUCAACAGAAGCCACAUCCACAACUACAGAAACAACUACAGCACAAGCCAAAACCAAAUUCUCAACUAAAGCAUGAUCAACAGCAACAACGUAAUCAAAUACACCACUCUGUGGCGAAAUCUUCUCCACCUUCAACCGGAAGUUCUCCCAUAGACAUGGCAUCCCCCGUCGCACAAGUAUCUAUAUCAGCUGGCUCUUCGUCUUCUUCACUAAAAAUAGGCACAUCCAAGGAUUGGGUGCUACCUCCCCGUCCGAAACCAGGAAGAAAGCCAGCAGUUGAUACGCCUGUUUCCAAGAGAAAGGCACAGAAUAGAGCAGCUCAAAGAGCGUUUAGAGAAAGAAGAGCCAAUCGUGUUCAAGAGUUGGAACAGAAACUUAGUGAGGUGGAGAAGGAGAAUGAACUUAAGGAAUUGGGCUUUAUUAACACUAUUACCAAGUUACAGGCUGAGAAUAAAUACUUGAAACGGUCAUUAGAACAAUUACGACUUGAUGUUGAUGCUCUUUCUUCCAAUAAAAGAAAGAACCCACAUAAUUCGCCUUCUCCUGGUGGAUUUUCUAGAUCUACUUCUUCAAAGAGUACACCGAUAGCCCUUAAUGGCUGUACACCUCCUCAACCCGCAAAUUCACCUAAUUCCGAUCUUUUAUCAAUCAGACCAAUUGCUCCUUCCUUUCCGAAACACAAUUCCCACGCAAGUACUGCUUCUACUUCAUCAUCGGCUGGUGCGGAUCUUAGAGGUGGCUCUUAUGCUAUCCAGCAAGUAUCUCCAGCUCCUUCCAUGGACUCACCUACACAUGCAAUGAAUUCAACCACUAACGAUGAUGAUAAGAGUUGUGGUAUUUGCACCAGAGAUGAUUGCUUAUGCGAAGAAGUUGGCUUGAAGGAAGUUGAUCCUGAUAGAGCCAGUGUUAAGUUAGAAGAACAAUUGAAAACAUUCAAACCCAUGGCUGCAGUAUCAUUGAGAAGGAAGAGAGAUAUUGGUACAGUUCAAGAAUUUGAUUUCACCUCCAAAUUUUCAACUAGAAAACCAAUGCCAGAUUUGAAGAAAUUAAGAUUGGCAUCCAAUUUUACUAAUGAAUCCACUGGUACCUUUAGAUUGAGUAAUGGCAAUGAUGAUUCAUUAACAAGUUUAACUGCAUUAAAGAAGAUGGAUUUUGAUGAAAAUUCUCCAGUAGAAAAUUGUGGGUUUUGCUCUGACGAUACCCCUUGUGUCUGUCGAGAAGCAGCACAGGAGGCCGCUCGUUUGAAUCAAGAUAUGUCAACAACGACUACUCCUGUUUCAGAUCCAAUGGAUACUUUGAGUUCAAAUGCAUUACCUCCACUUCAAAUCAAAUCAAAUCAAAUCCAAUUCCGUAAGACAUCUCUUCCUGUCAUGCAUCCAGGUCCUUCUGUUGAAAUCCAAAGCAUAUCCAAUUUGACUCCUGGUGCGGUUCCAAUUGUGGUCACACCCACACAGAGAAGCACUACUGUAAUAUUGGGCUCAGAGCAAGAACAAACCAACGGAUGUACUGGGAACCCAGGUACAUGUAGGCAAUGCCAAACAGAUCCAAUGUCUACUUUAUUCUGUACUACUGUUGCAAGUAAAGCCAAAAAUGGGACUUCAGAAACUGAAGAACUGGACGAAGACGUAAAUGAAGAUGAUGUAAUGGAACCAGUUAUUACUGCCGAUGACUCCAAUGCUACUACGGCUCCCACACCUCCAAAUACAGUUACCACUCCAACAGCUUUAGGUACACCAGUUUCGGCACCAGGACUUUUACCUCAUAUUUCCAGACACAAUUCGAUCUCCAUGAAUAUAUCUAGUAGUCGAACAGAACCAUUACCGAUAGGCAGGUCAAUGUCUCGUCCUGGUCCAGGGAUUUUCAUUCCUUGUUCUGAUGCUUACAAAACGUUAAGCAGACAUGAAAAGUUCAAUAGCAUGGAUUUUGGUACUUUGGUAGGAAAGUUAACCACCAGAGGAAUGCAAGUAGAUGCAUCUUCAGUUGCAAAGGUUUUAAGAGAAUUGGAUAAAAAGGUUUUUAAUUAA